AUGCAGAACAUCAUCGAUCAAAACCUAGACAUGGCUACGGCUUUACUCGCCGGCGAGAAGCUGAAGGAGCUGAUCCUGCCCGGCUCCUCUCAGGAUGAGAGGGGCGGGUUACUGGCUGGCCUCAUGGUGCAGCUCAAACUGGAGCUGCCCUUUGAUCGUGUUGUCACCAUAGGGACGGUCAUCAUCCCCAUCCUGCUGGUCACCCUAGUCUUCACAAGGAACUUUGCAGAGGAGUCCAUAUACUGUUACACACCACACAACUUCACCAGAGAUCAGGCACUGUAUGCAAGAGGCUACUGCUGGACAGAGCUGCGGGACGCUGCGCCUGGUCUGGAGUCUCACCUUUGGCCUUCACUAUUUGAACACAAGUUCCUGCCCUAUGCCCUGCUGGCCUUCGCUGGAAUCAUGUACAUUCCUGCUUUGGGCUGGGAGUUCCUUGCCUCUACACGGCUCACUUCAGAGCUCAAUUUCCUGCUUCAAGAGAUUGAUAACUGCUAUCAUCGAGCCGCUGAGGGCAGAGCCCCAAAGAUCGAGAAGCAGAUCCAAUCCAAAGGACCUGGCAUAACUGAGCGAGAGAGGAGGGAGAUCAUAGAGAACGCAGAGAAGGAGAAAAGCCCCGAGCAGAACCUGUUUGAGAAAUAUUUGGAGAGACGAGGCCAAAGUAACUUUCUGGCUAAGCUUUACCUGGGACGCCACCUGGCUAUUGUCUGCCUCAGUUCCAUCCCCAUUUCCUACCUGAGCGCCUACUAUGCCCGCCAGAGGCAGAAUGAGUUCACCUGUGCGCUGGGUGAGCCACCAGACACUAGCAGCUAUCAAGAGCUGAGGCUCAGGGUCAACUGUAAGCUGCCUGCUGUGCAGCUGCAGCGCAUCAUGGCAGCAGUAGAUAUCGCUCUGCUCUGCACCAUGAACCUCAUCAUCCUGAUUAAUUUGCUGCACUUGUUUGUGGUGCGCAAGUCCAACUUUGUAUUUGACAAACUACACAAAGUUGGCAUUAAAACGCGGCGACGCUGGCAGAAGUCUCAGUUCUGCGACAUCAACAUCCUGGCCAUGUUCUGCAACGAGAACAGGGACCACAUCAAGUCGCUCAACCGGCUGGACUUCAUCACCAAUGAGAGUGACCUCAUGUAUGACAAUGUGGUCAGGCAGCUGCUGGCUGCGCUUGCACAGUCCAAUCAUGACGCUACACCCACUGUAAGGGACUCUGGGAUACAAACAAUUGACGCCCACAUGAACCCCUCUGAUCUUGGCGUGGGAGAGAUGGCUGGGGAGCCGCUGGUCAUCAAACGGCCCCGCAAGAAGAUGAAAUGGAUCCCAAGCUCAAAUCCUCUUCCUCAGCCAUUUAAGGAACCUCUUACCCAGACACGCGUGGAAAACAAUGCCAAGACUGAAAAACCCAAACCAGUCAGACGAAAGGCACUGGCAGACAGCUUCACCGCACCACAUCUGGAUACCAAGAGCACACAAUAUCCUGCAAUAAAAAGUAUGCAGUACUAUGAACAUAAAAAGCACACUCGCAACUUCUCUCUGGACGUCCACCCAUACAUGCUGACCAUUCGUAAGCCCAAGGUGGAGGCCACAACCGCAGAGCCUCUUCCCUCAAAGCACAACAUGGAUACAGUGUACCUCGAAGGCACGCACACUAUCGUUCAUGUGUCUGGUGCCAUUACAGAAACUAAGAUUUGCUCGCCACAAUCCACCAACACUGCCUUUUCUACGGUGACCCUGCCCACCACUACUUACGUAAAUGGUGUGAGCCCGAACCCUCCCUCCAGUGAGGACGCACUCAGUCCCAAGUCCUCGCCUCCUCCUCUUCCUUCUCCAAGGGAGCCUCCCACCCAGACGGAAAACCCUGAGUGUCCGCCACCACCCCUGACCAGAGCCCCUACACACCAGCUGCUGAGUAUACAUCACACUCUCUUUGAGGAAGAAGAGGAUGAAGAACACCGCAGGGACAGACUGGCAGAGAGACCCGGGGAGCUCAUCGCUGCUGGGGAAUGUUAA